AUGCCUGUCCAUACAGUCAACGAUUCAUCUGACCUAGAUGCUAAGGUCUCUUCUCGCCUUCAGCGCGUCUGUAUAACAAGCCUUACUUUCACCUAUGACCCCUCACACAGAUGUGUAAAGGCUAGAUUGGUUCACAAAGGUCCUGUGCUAUCCUGCGUGCAGAAAGGUGAUGUAGAAAUGCUUAAAGCCGAGAUCAGAGAGGAGGACCCCCCUCAGAGCACCACUGAACAUACAUCAAUCAAUGUCAUUCUCUUUGGCACGUUAGCCAAGGACUUCUCCCAGUCUGUCAGACAAGGGGACGUUGUCGCAUUAGCUGGCUUCACCAUCAGAAAGUCUCCGUCUUUUCUAAGAGACAAACUGCAUCCCUGUCACCUGGAGAUGGAUGAGAAAGAUGCCUGUGUUUUUGUGUGUCCCUCGGCCUCCCCUUCCCACGGGCCCACUGUCAUCAGUUCUGAGGGAAAGUACACAUAUUCAUCCUUAAACCAGUUGAAGCCCAGAACAGUGGUGAACAUCUACGGUGUGGUGACCUUUUUCAAACAGCCAUUCCCGUCCAAAGGCUCAGAUCACUGCUCCACACUAAAGAUCACAGACCAGUCUGAUGCUAAAGUAGGCUGCACCAUUUUCUCCAGAAACUUGGAGGAUCACCCGGUCAUCUUUAAGGUUGGAGACAUUAUCCGGCUGCACAGAUUCAAGACAAAUACAUUCAAUGACUCCAUUACACUUGUGAACACUUUUGGUUGGUCUACAGUGACAUUCGAUGGAAAGAUUGACAGCCCAAUAGUACCUCGUACAUCCAGCAAGUCAUUUCACUUUGGAGAAUCCGAUAAACGUGCUGUGCAGGAGCUUCGCCAAUGGGCAGCCAGCCAAUUGUUGAUGCCCAGUAAGCCCACAAUCUCCUUGUCCUCAGUACAGCCCAAGAUGUACUUCGAUUUGAGUUGCCAGUUGCUGGCAAAGGCCGUCAUGGAUAGUCGCUGUAUUCUACUAAAGGUGUGGGACGGGACCAAGUGUGAACAUCCACUUCUGAAGGUUGCUGCUGCACCUGACACAUUAGAAGGAGAAUCCACUGUCGCUAAAGACAGGAUGAACUUGACAGCCAACAUUCUGGUCUACGACAAUCACAUGGCGGUAGCUCGAGGCUUAAAGCCUGGCUCAUUCCUUCGCAUCUACAAUCUACGUGCAGUCUCUCAGAGUGCCCCAGACCAGCUGCCAGACCAACCCAAACACCUUGGCUUCCACCUCCACGGGGGCACGUCAUACGGACGUGGUAUACGCUGCCUCCCUGCUGAGAGCCUUGAACUGCAGUCCCUCAGAAGAGUGUUAGAAAAUCAUGCAGCUCUACAUGACGAUGAUGAAGAAGAUGACGGCACUCUGUCGGAGAUUUGGUACACACCGCCAGAGUCUGUAGUCAUGCCAAAUGAUGAAGGACCAGAUGGAGAGGAAGAUGUUGUACCUUCUCAAACAGUUCGGACGUGUGAACACAGCUUGCAAAUGGUCACACUCACCCAGGUGAAAAACUCCACACCCCCACUUGUGUGUCAUGUUCGAGCCCAGGUGAAGGCAUACCAGCCGCAGCAGCUGUAUCAGUGCCUGAAGCUCUUCUGCUCAAAGUGUAAAACUAUGAGAGAGGUCCCAGAUGACAGCAUGAUUGGUAAACUCUUCAGAGAAUCUGCGAAAGAUAACCAACCCUGUCUUGAGUUUUGGGCCGCCUCCUCUUCUGCAAGAUCUACUGAACCAGGCAGAACCAUCUCAAUGCACAUAUCUAGUGAUAUGGUUGGGGAAAGCACUCACACCCAACUCAUUUUCGUCCAGGGAAUGAUUCUGGAUGAGGUUUGCUUGUUAUCACGUGAUUAUAAAAACCUGGUUCCCGUGCGAUCAGAGAAUGGUAGGAUGAGCCUGAUAGAUCUCACAGCUCCCUUCCUCUUUCGUGGAGACAAAAGAUAUUAUGGGUGUAAACACUGUUCUCCGCACACAUUUGAAAACCCUGUGUUUACUGGAGUGGAGAACUGGGAUGAACAGAGAAUUGCAGAAGCUCUUGGGGUCCAGCUGAUGCAGUAUGGAUUAUUAGUCCAAUUUGAACUACAGGACCAGACUGACACAUUAGAGGCUCUGCUGUGGGAGAACUCUGAGAGAUUCUUCCAUGUUUCUGCUGUCGAGACUUCAGCCAGUCAGGACUUGCAGGACAAGGUUCAGACCAUUAUGGACACACUUCAGCCACCAGGAAGCAGUAUGGAAGAACAUCCUUGGCUGGACCUUUGCUUAUCUCUCUACACUGUACAGGACAACAACAGAAAUAACAUUUGCUACCAGAUCACAAGCACAGAAAUUAAAGACUGAGUUAACCUUUGAACAUUUUACAUUUAGAGAAAUUAUGUAAGGACACCUAGAGUUACCAGAUAUUUCAGAAAUGUUUUGUGAAGAAAUGUAAAUGCAUGUUUUAUGCCCAAACACCUA